CUUUUUAUCCACUCGCCAGCCAUAUGACAAAUUAUCUCAAAGGAUGAAACCUGUAAAGCAAUAUCGACUCCUUUAAAGUGAUUCUUUCUAUAUGUAGCAUUCUUUUUCAUUUAAAUGUGUUAUGUUUGAUGGCAAAGGAUAUAUUAACGCCUACAUGUAGAUUUUCAUAGGUCUGGACUGGCAGGAUUUUUGCAUGAUAAUCAAAAUGGAUAUAGAAAAGCAUGAAAAACGUUCUCAAACACCACAGGAAAAUGUUUCUGAAUCGAGAAAUUUAUUCAGCAAAAAGGAGAUUCUAAAGGAGAUGAAGAAGCAGCUGAUGUUAGCAGGACCUCUAGUGUCAGUUUUCUUAUGCUUUGGUAUUAAUCAGAUAAUUUGUAUCAUGUUUGUAGGUCGUCUUGGAGUUCUUGCUCUUUCUGGGGCUUCCAUUGCCACUUCCUUUGCUUCAAUGGCAGGUUUUACCUUGUUGCGAGGAAUGGGAAGUGCAUUGGAAACAUUCUCGGGCCAGUCCUAUGGAGCCAAACAGUAUCACUUGCUUGGAAUACACUUACAAAGAGGAAUUCUUAUUCUUCUCAUUAUGAGCAUUCCAAUUGGAAUUGUAUUUGCUAAUGCAGCUGAAAUUCUUAAAUUCUUGAAACAAAAUCCUGAAAUCGCAAAUGCAGCCGGAAAAUAUGCUUACUGCAUGAUACCUGGAUUUUUUGGUACUUCAUUCUUUGAAUGUCUUAUCAGAUUCUUACAAACUCAAAACAAAGUAGUUCCAGUGAUGAUUACUUCAGCAAUUGCUGCAAUAUUACAUGUCCCAAUUACUUGGAUUCUUGUUUUUAAAACUGGCGUAAAAUACAUGGGAGGAGCAUUAGCACAUUCCAUCUCUUCUUGGAUAAUUGCAUUGCAGCUAAUAGGUUACGUCUGGUUCUCCCCAUCAUUUAAGGAAACUUGGACAGGUUUUUCAAAGCAAGCAUUCAGUGGAAUUCCUAGCUUUUUAAAACUAGCAAUUCCUGCAACUAUAAUGCUUAGCUUGGAAGUAUGGUCACUUGAGAUAAUGGUUUUAUUAUCUGGACUUCUUCCAGAUCCUAAGCUUGAAGCAUCAGUUCUGUCUAUCAGCUUUAACGUACAGAUGUUGACUUACAUGAUACCUUACGGUCUUGGUUGUGCAAUAAGCACAAGAGUUUCAAAUGAACUGGGUGCUGGGCGGCCACAAGUUGCUCGUCGAGCAGUAUAUGUUGUGGUAAUCAUGGUUGUGAUAGAAGGCCUUGUUGUAGCUACUACUAUGGUGUCAGCUCGAAAAGUUUUUGGCCACUUGUUUAGUAAAGAUCAUAGAGUGGUGAAAUAUGUGGGAGAAAUGUUACCAUUGCUUGCAACAGCCCACUUCAUUAAUGGCAUUCAAGCUGUACUUUCAGGAACUUGCAGAGGAUGUGGAUGGCAAAAGAUUGGAGCAUUUGUUAAUUUGGGAUCUUAUUACAUUGUUGGAAUUCCUUCAGCUGCAGUAUUAGCUUUUGUCUACCAUAUUGGAGGAAAGGGCCUCUGGAUUGGGAUUACAAUAGCAAUGUUUGUGCAAGCAACUUCCCUUGCAAUCAUAACUUUAUGCACAGAUUGGGAAAAACAAGCAAAGAGAGCUAAGGAUAGAGUACUUGGUGAGGCCAAUGCAUUAUCGUAUGGGGAGUCUUGAGAUUGAAUCCCUCCCUUAUAGUUUAAUUACUAGCUGCAUAUGCUUGUGCUAUGCACAAAAAAUCUAUUAAUUUUUAAUUUUUAAUCUUUAAUUUAAAUUUUUAUAUCUCACUUUGUAUUAAAUUUUUUUUAAUAGUUAUAUAAUUGAUUUGUGGAUAAA